GCAACACAUUUUGUUAGUGUAAAAGUACCCUAAAUGUUUUCAUGACAGACUUUAACUGAUUCUCUCCUGCCUCCCCAAAGCUAUGUCUAUUUCAACUUCUUCUCUGAAAGGCUCAACAGGUAAGAUCAAGUUCUGUUAAUCUAUUACAGCCUAAUGAUGCUGUAAUGUGAGAUGCAAGUCACAAUAUUGUCUGAUUCUUAUUAACAGGGUUUGGUUUGAGGCUUGAAUUUCAGGGGAACGUUAUUUUAUGGUUUCAUUGUUUCCAACAGAGAUAUCCCAAUUGAUGAGGACCAGAAGAGCACCAGGUUAGUUGAGAUAAACUGAGAAAUUCCCCAACAAGUCAUGGUACUUGGUACUUUUAAAGGUAGGAUGGUACUUUUAAAGUUAGGAUGUUAGGAUUUUUGUAGUUUUGUUCUGUCACAAGAUAGUCCAUAGAAUUGCGGUAAACAGCGCCACAUUCAGGCAGAAAACUGAAUGUUCUAUUCUCAGCUAGGCCCAUCUUUUUGAGCAAAAUAAGUGAUCACAAGAAAAUCCUAACAAUCAGGUAAAGAGCGCCACAGUCAGGCAGAAAAAUCUGAAUGUUCUAUCAUAAAGUGAUAACAAUUAGUUUCCAUGGCUGAUAUGGCUGCCAGGGAGUUCACAGAGUUUCAUAACAUUCAGGGCUCAUUCCUGAAGACCAAGGGCUGAGGGGUGUGUUGGUCCAAGAAAAAAGGGCCUUUUAUAAAAUAAUUUCUUGCAAUUUUACGUAAUGUUACAUGACUGGAGACAUUAAAAUAAUAUUUAUUUAUAUCACACAAAUUAUCAAAAUGACAAGCUACUCUGACAUUUACAUGCUGUGAUCAAUAGAAAGAACGACCCAUGUCUUAAAUGCAACCAAUAGCAUAGGCCAAUGAAAAUAGUGGAUACACAGAUCUUAGGCCUACAAUAAUAAGGAGGAAAUUAUAGUCCAUCAACUUUCCAGUGGCACUCACCUAUUCAAAAAGAUUUUUCCCGCAAUUGUAUUUUGAAAUAUUGCCCAAAUACCUUCUAGCUGCUGCCUACUGUUCAUUGACAGCCACAACUCAACAAUCAGCUGUUUUAUAUUUGAGGCGCGGGCUGCAUUGGCUGCUACUUAGAAAUACUAUAACAGUAAAUGUAUAGAUAACAUUCACUUCUAUAAACCUCCAAAAUAAUCGCAUAGUUUUAACAGACCCACCACAGAUCAAAGAAAUCUCUGUGUGAAAAGGCGUUCCAUGGUCUGUUUUGUCAACGAACUCAAAGACAAAAUUCAAAGAAGUCAAAGAUGAAAUUAACUGCAAUACACUGGUCUCAAAUAUAUUAGCAUAACUAGGCUACACAGAACCAUUGUAAAAUUAUAGGCUUUUUCUCGUAUUAAAUCCAUUGGUGUAAAAUACUUAAGUAAAAUUACUUUAAAGUACUACUUAAUUAGUUUUUUUGGGUAUCUGUACUUUACUAUUUAUAUUUUUGACAACUUUUACUUUAACUUCACUACAUUCCUAAAGAAAAUAAUGUACUUUUUACUCCAAACAUUUUCCCUGACACCCAAAACUAUUAGUUACAUUUUUUAUGCUUAACAGGACAGGAAAAUGGUCCAAUUCAUGCACUUAUCAAGAGAACAUCCGUGGUCAUCCCUACUGCCUCUGAUCUGGAAGACUCACUAAACACCUGCUCGUCGAACAUCUCAUUUCAAAAUCAUGGGCAUUAAUAUGGAGUUGGUCCCCCCUUUGCUGCUAUAACAGACUCCCCUCUUCUGGGAAGGCUUUCCACUAGAUGUUGGAACAUUGCGUCCGUUCAGCCACAAGAGCAUUACUGAGGUCGGCACUGAUAUUGGGCGGUUAGGCCUGGCUCGCAGUCAGCGUUCCAAUUCAUCCCAAUGGUGUUCGAUGGGGUUGAGGUUAGGACUCUGUGCAGGCCAGUCAAGUUCUAACUCAACGAUCUCGACAUACCAUGUCUGUAAGGACCUCGCUUUGUGCACAGUGGCAUUGUCAUGCUGAAACAAUACAAGGCCUUCCCAAAAUUGUUGCCACAAAGUUGGAAGCACAGAAUCGUCUAGAAUGUCAUUGUAUGCUCUAGCGUUAAGAUUUCCCUUCUCUGGAUUUAAAGGAACCAGCCCAAAUCAUGAAAAUCCGCCCUAGACCAUUAUUCCUCCUCCACCAAACAUUACAGUUGGCACUAUGCAUUUGGGCAGGUAGCGUUUUCCUGGCAACCGCCAAACCCAGAUUUGUCCGUCGGACUGCGAGAUGGUGAAGCGUGAUUCAUCACUCCAGAGAAUGCGUUUUCCAAUGGUGCUGAGCUUUACACCACUCCAGCCGUCGCUUGGCAUUGCGCAUGGUGAUCUUAGGCUUGUGUGUGGCUGCUCGGUCAUGGAAACCCAUUUCAUGAAGCUCCCGAGGAACAGGUCUUGUGCUGACGUUGCUUCCAGAGGCAGUUUGGAACCGAAGAGUGAGUGUUGCAACUGAGGACAGACGAUUUUUACGUUCUUCAGCACUCGGCGGUCCCGUUCUGUGAGCUUGUGUGGCCUAACACGUCGUAGCUGUGCCGUCGUUGCUCCUAGACUUUUCCACUUCACAAUAACAGCACUUACAGUUGACCAGGGCAGCUCUAGCAGGGAAAAGUCAGCAACAGGUGUGGCUGAAAUAGCCAAAUCCACUAAUUUGAAGGGGUGUCCACAAGGUAACUUCGAAUGUAAACUACAUCAAACCACAUCCACUGCGCGCAAGCCUGUUCGCAAAACUAUGUGGAGAUAUGGGAUCAGAGCAUGACAAUGUUCUAUUUCACACCGAGGCUUGGUGGUUAUCGAGGGGGAGUGUUGGAAAGAUUUUUUGCAUUGAGAAAGGAACUGUUGUCAUUCACAGUGGAUGAAAAAUAAACAGACUUGGUUGACUUUCUGUGUAAUAAAAAGAAAAUGUCUCUCCUUGCCUAUGUGACAGAUAUAUUUGGGAAACUCAAGGGCGCAACUUUGGUUUUAUAAGUGUGGGGGACAUAAUCAUAUUUUUUUUUUUUUUUUUUUUUAUCCUGUCGGAUAAACACUCCAAUACAAAAACAUUCUACAGAUGAGUGACCGAAUCAGUGGAUUCAGAGGAAAAAAUUCAUAUUGGAGAGAGAGAGUCCUUCAAAAGCAAACCAUGCCCCCUUCCCAUCGGCUGUGCAUGUUUCUAACAGAAAACAGAAUCAGUAAGUGUCCCACACGAGUGAUGACAACUCUUGGAAAAGGCACUUUGGGACCUACUUUCCCAAUCUGUUUGACAGUUAUCCUGGCUCAGUUGACAUGGUGGUAAGUGAAAUCAAACAGCUGGUCGAGCUGUCAUGUGACCGGAUGCUGCAGACAACGCAUUCACGGGUCACUACGGGGGAGUUUUGGUUCCUGACUCAAAGGGAAUACCCUGCUGUCUUCUUUAUGUCAGACUAAUUUGCGAUUGAGUGUAAUAGCCCCACAUUCAAAGUAUGUGAUUGUGAGUUGAGAAGACAAUCAGAAAUAAUGUUAGAUUGUUUUUCAAUAGCCCCAAAUAAAUAAAUAAAAAUAGGCUGAUAAUUUCAUAAUUAUUUUCAUAUGGUUGGGGUCGAGAGAAUUUUCAGAUAUCAAAAUGGGGUCGUGGGCCAAAAAGGUUUGGGAACCCCUGCACUAAUAGCUACUAUCCCACUACUAUUUAUAAUACAGUCACUACUACACUAGCCUCAAAUUGUCAACACUAACCUCUAAAAAUUUAAACUUCUAAACUCCUUCCACUAACAAAACAAUACUUUGAAGCAAGUCACACAAUUUUUCUUACUUAAAAAGUACCCUUUCUAGUUUUCUAUGAUCUUAAUUCUGUUUGUUUUCUUCUUACUAUGAUUUUCUAUUCAUACAGCCUGAGUAAGCCCAUGUUCAGGAGCAGAGAACGGAACAUGAUCUCUCUUGAAAAGUGUGUAUCUUUAUUUUACUCUACCAUAAUUAACCAUAGAAGUAUGGUGUCAUGCUGUACUGAUGAAAUCAAUCAAAUCAAUCCUACCAAAAAAAAAUCCAUAAAGGACUGGCAAUCAAUCAGAUUAGUGGUCCUUUGAUGUACAUUAUUAUUAAUUACAUAAAUGUCAUGUUUGAUUUACUGCUUGAAUUGGUGAUGGGAUACUUUAUGUGUUGAGUUUAUAGCAUGGUUGUUGGGGUAGUAGUUCUGUUAAUGUAUACUGAACAAAAAUAUAAAUCAACAUGUAAAGCGUUGGUCCCACAUUUUUCAUACACACAAAAAGCUUAUUUCUCUCAAAUGUUGUGCACAAAUUGGUUUACAUCCCUUUUAGUGAGCAUUUCUCCUUCGCCAAGAUAAUCCAUCCACCUGACAGGUGUGGCAUACCAAGAAGCUGAUUAAACAGCAUGAUCAUUACACAGGUGCACCUUGUGCUGGGGACAAUAAAAGGCCACUCUAAAAUGUGCAGUUUUGUCACACAACUCAAUGCCACAGGUGUCUCAAGCUUUGAGGGAGUGUGCAAUUAGCAUGCUGACUGCUCAAAUAUCCACCAGAGCUGUUGCCAGAGAAUUGAAUGUUCAUUUCUGUACCAUAAGCCACCUCCCACAUCGUUUUAGAGAAUUUGGCAGUACGUCCAACCGGCCUCACAACCAAAGACCACGUGUAACCAUACCAGCCCAGGACGUCCACAUCCGGCUUCUUCACCUGCGGGAUCGUCUGAGACCAGCUACCCGGACAAUUGAUGAAACUGAGGAAUAUUUCUGUCUGUAAUAAAUACCUUUUGUGGGGAAAAACUAAUUCUGAUUGGCUGUUCCUGGCUCCCUAGUGGGUGGGCCUAUGCCCUCCCAGGCCCCCCCAUAGCUGUGCCACUGCCCAGUCAUGUGAAAUCCAUAGAUUAGGGCCUAAGGAAUUUAUUUCAAUUGAUUGAUUUCCUUAUAUGAACUGUAACUCAGUAAAAUCAUUGAAAUUGUUUCAUGUUGUGCUUAUAUUUUUGUUCAGUAUAUAUUUUCUGUAGUAGUACAACUAUUACAGGUCAGUCUAUUUAAUACUACCAACAUCAGCCCAGCUCUUCAUUAUAAUUAAGUAAUUAACUACAUUUUGUUCUCCCAGGCUAUUGUACAAGCAGCCCAGUGUCUUGGUGGGGUAAGUAGCAUUUUUACCUCAUGUUAAAGUAAUAUUAGCUGACGUACUGUAGGUUUCUGACACAUCAGCGUGGGGAGCUUUGAUAUAUUACGAGGUCACAUCUGACAUUAGUGUCUGACACGUCAGUGUGAGGAGGUGUAGCCUAAAUACCACACCUUGUUUCAAGGUCCUUUAAUUGCCAGGACCAUAGUGAAAUAUUGAGAUCAUAACAUGGCUUUGGUCAGUACAACACAGUCAGGCAGGACCCUGUUCUAUUUCUCUAGACGUACUGAUGUGGUGGCAGUGACCCCAUGGUUGGCACCCAUCGUCUGGGAAGGCACCUUUGACCCUGUGAUCGUCGACAACAUCUACAAGCCCAUGAACCUCACCAUAGCAACCACAGUGUUUGCCGUUGGAAAGUGAGUACAACUUUUGCCAAAUAUUCAAAAGGGAAGUUGAACAAUCAAUACAAUUUCAACACUGCAACUAUAAGGACAUAAGUACCUGAUGUAACAUGGCAGGUAAUACAAUAUGAUGACGUUGUCAUGAUUCAUGCCUUGGAACACGUGAAGAAUUGUACUACUUCAUGUAUUAUCUGCUAGACUGUAUAUUGGUCAGAAAGUGGUAUAAUGUCCUAUGAGAAUGAUAAUGCAGUUAAGGGGAUACCUAGUCAGUUGCACAACUGAAAGCAUUCAACUAAAAUGUGUCUUCCGCAUUUAACCCAACCCCUCUGAAUCAGAUUGGUUUGGGGGGGGGGGCUGCCUUAAUCGAGAUCAUUGGCGCACGGGGAGCAGUUGUUGUUGGAGGUUAACUGCCUUGCUCAAGGGCAGAACAGCAGCUGUUUCCACCUUAGCUUGGCUCAGGGAUUCGAACCAGUGACCUUUUGGUUACUGCCCCAACAAUCUUAACCGCUAGGCUACCUGCCACCCCAUCAGUUACAGAGGAUUGCUGACAUCAAAUUAUCAGGUGUGACCUACUGCCGUUGUGUCCUUGAGCAAGGCACUAAUCCUUAUGAUAUGUAUGUCUUUAUAUACUGACAGAUACGUCAGCUUUCUCCAAGAUUUUCUGGAGACAGCAGAGAAGCACUUCAUGGUCGACUUCAACGUGCGCUACUAUGUUUUCACUGAUCGUCCACACGAUGUUCCUUCAGUGAACCUGACUCAGGGGAGACAUUUGAGUGUGAUCCAGGUCCCGGGUUCAAACCGCUGGCAGGCGAUAUCAGCCCGGAGGAUGGAAAUCAUCCAGACCACCAUCGAACGUCAGAUCAGCAGGGAGGCCGACUACAUCUUCUGUCUCGACGUGGACAGCAAGUUCCACGCUCGCUGGGGGGCCGAGUCUCUUGGAAGGCUGGUUGCAGUGUUACACCCAGGCUACUACGAGCAGACCCGUGACCACUUCCCAUACGAACGGCGUCCAGCCUCGAUGGCCUUCAUCCCCAUGGAUGAGGGAGACUACUACUAUGGCGGGGCUAUGAUCGGAGGGUUCGUGGAGGAUGUUUACACACUCACAAAGGUAUGUCGAAACCGGUUUGAGAUGGAUGCGGGGAAUUCCAUCGAGGCUGCCUGGCAGGUGGAGAGCCACCUCAACAGGUACCUGCUCUACAACAAGCCCAGCAAGGUGUUGUCUCCAGAGUACCUGUGGCAGGACUUCAAGGCCAAAACCAAAGAGGUCAAAGUCAUUCGCUUCUCAGGGGUCAUUAAAAACUAUGCUGAAGUUCGUCCCAAUGUAUAAAACUAGGAAGUGGAUAUUCGACCGGCAGAAGAAAAACUUAAUUCAGUCAUAGUUGUAAAAAUUAAUUGAGGUGAUGAUUCAGGUUAGGUUUAGGAAUGAGG